AUGGUUGACGCUCAAGUAUAUCAGCUGCCCCAGGGGGCCCCACACAACCCCGAAGCAGCAGCAGCAGCAGCAGCAGCAGCAGCAGCAGCAGCAGAGGCAGCAGAAGCAGCAGCAGCGGAGCAUGGGACGGGCAGGAGCAGCACACGCAAAGCCCUUAAGAACGCCUGGCAUCUGCUGCAGCACGAAGGGCCCCUUGAAGCAGCAGCAACUCUACUCAACAGCAAACCCUAUGGAGAGAGGCUGCUGCUGCUGCUGCUGCACAGCCUUAUAGGUAACGUGGCCCCACAACAGCACCAGCAGCAGCAGCAGCAACAGCAACAAGAGCAGCAGCAGCAGAAGCAGCAGCAGCAGCAGCGACAGCAGCAGCAGCAGCAGCAGCAACAGCAAAGGAGGGUUCAUACAGGACAUCCCACCGAAAGGAUCUGCCAACGAGAGAAUAUCUAUCGCCACGCGACGGAUCUGUACGGGACUCAGCAGCAGCAGCAGCAGCAGCAGCGCGCAGCAAGCUUUGUUUUUUGUGUUUGUUCUCUAGAAGCCUGGGUGCUGCUGCUGCUGUGGAUGGGCGGCUGUUAUAACGCUGCAGCAGCACUUGCUGCUGUUCCUGCUGCUGCUGCUCUACGCUGCUGCUUAAAGAACGCUCUCGUUGAUUGGCUUGCUGCUGCUGCUGCUCCUACCCACGGCGGCCUCGCCAUUGGAGGGGAAGAGACCUAUAGCAGCAGCAGCAGCAGCAGCAGCAGCAGCAGCAUGAAGCAGCAACUGCGCGAAUACCUUUAUGAAGCCCUAAAGGCCCCAAACUUCUUCGGCCUCCCAGACGUUGGCGUCCCUGAGAGCUUUGAAGGCCUGCCGGUUGCGACGCACGUCCUCAUACCAGCAAACUGCAGCAGCAGCAGCAGCAGCAGCAGCAGCAGCAGCGGCAACAGGUUUCUUCGUGCUCUCCUGCGUCUCUUUGGCGGCGGAGAAAGGGAGCAGCAGCCUUUGCUGCAGUUUAUUUUGUUAUAUGUGUGCAUGUGGAGUGAUGCGCUGCUGUCUUUUUCUCUCUGUGGGGUGCUGCUGCUGCUGCUGCUGCAGCUGCGGGCCGCCGUGUGGCUGCUUGCAGGUAGCCCCUUCUUUGCUGCCACCUGCUGCUGCUUAACAGGAGCAGCAGCAGCAGCAAACAGAGUGCUGAUUAGACUAGGCAGACACUCAGAAGACUAUUGGGAGGCCCACAAGGAACUUAACCAGAGGCUUCUGGGGGCCCCCGUGGGGCCCCCUGCUGCUGCUCCCCUAACAACCUUCACCCUGCCGGAAGACAGCAGCAGCAGCAGCAGCAGCAACAGAGGAGGCCCCACACCCUAUAUGCAGGCGGGUGCGGAGGCCUUUUCAGGGCUUGCAGCAGCAAAUUGCUACGGCUCUCAUGUUGAUACAAACUCUAGAGGUGUAUUGCAUACAACUGAGCAGCAGCAGCAGCAGCAGCAGCACGACGUCGUCAGCCCCAACUCCGUAGCCUUUCGAGAAAACUUCCGCGCUGCAGCAGUAGCAGCAGCAGCAGCAGCAGCGGCUGCAGUGGCGAGGCAGCAGCAGGAGCAGCAGCAGCAGGAGCAGCAAGCGGUACAAGAGAAUGAAGAGCAGCACCCGCGGUCUCUCUCUGUCUCCGAACCAACAGCCCCCACUCAGGCCUGCGACGAGCAGCAGCAGCAGCAGGAACAGCAGCUGCAGCAGCAGCUGCUGCUGCAGGAUAACAGCUUAGACACAGAAGAAGAAUUCGACUCAGCAGAGACACCCUCAGCCCACACAGAGACACCUGUCUCCGUCCUCCGCAGUGAGGCCUAA